CUGCACACACCCCAGCUACAGCAGACAACAGACCGCCAAGAUGUUCAGAAACAAUUACGACAACGACUCCGUCACCUUCUCACCCCAGGGCCGCAUCUUCCAGGUCGAAUACGCACAAGAAGCAGUCAAGCAAGGCUCCGUAGUCGUCGGCAUCGUCAGCAAGACCCACGCAGUCCUCGCAGCACUCAAGCGCAACGCAGAAGAACUCUCCUCCUACCAGCGCAAAGUAAUCCCAAUCGACACGCACUACGGCAUAGCCCUCGCCGGCCUCGCCUCCGACGCCCGUGUUCUCUCCAACUUCAUGAAACAACAAUCCCUCGCCUCACGCCUAACCUAUGACCGUCCCAUCCUCCUCUCCGAAAUAACCUCCCGCAUCGGCGACCGCGCACAAACCAACACCCAACAAUACGGAAAACGCCCUUACGGCGUCGGUCUCCUCAUCGCAGGCUGCGACGCCAACGGACCACACUUAUUCGAAUUCCAGCCUUCGGGAGUCACCCAAGAAAUGGUGGCAUGUGGGAUUGGGGCGAGGAGUCAGAUGGCGAGAACGUAUUUGGAGAGGAAUCUGGAGGAGUUUGCAGAUUCGACGCGGGAGGAGCUGAUUAAGCAUGCGUUGAGGGCGCUCAAGGAUAGUUUGAGUCAGGAUAAGGAGUUGACGGUGGAGAAUACGAGUAUAGGUGUUGGUGGUGUGGAGGAGAACUUCAAGUUGUACGAGGGGCAGGAGAUUGCGAACUAUCUCGAGACGACGUUUGAGAAUCGGCCGGAGGGAGGUGAGGGCAUGGAGGUGGAUUCGUAGGUUGAGGUGCCGGCGAGGUGAUACUCCUACCUGCCUGCUCUUGCAUCAUGGCGAGGCGUUUGUGGAUGGGUCUAGAGAUGGGCUCGCUCGGGUAUGCAUAGUAAAUGAAGACGUGCGCGAAAGCCUGCCAGCCAGGUUGAGGAGCGCACUUGUUACGAAUAAGUAGAGGCAUUCAAUCCGCAUCUCGCAAACAAGGGAAGAAGUUCAAGCCAAACGGAUGGUUGGUAGAGAACGCGGGAAAGUCAUGUCUCUGCACACAUGAAAUCUGGUUGUAUUGGUGUACAUACACGAUAUUUUCGUGUAAACGCCUCAUGCGCCUGUACUAUGUACAUUCCCAUCCCAUCUACUUUCGUGCAAUCAAUCCUUAUGCGCUCGCUCCGGCUAAUUCUUGUGGACCAUACCCAACUUGUGGGUUUGGCUCACCCGGUGCCAUAAAAUUCGUAUGCGGGUCCUUCGCUGCUUUUGCCGCUGAACAUCUUGCCAUUGUCGGUGAUGAUCGCGUCACGCUGUUUGUGAAGUAAAAGUUCUCAAUCACUCGUCGCAGUGGCUCGCCACUAGCGGUGGCGCCCUUGUUCUGCUCGACAAGCUGGACCUUGCUUAGUGCCUGAGCCUCUUGCGAUGUUGGCUCGACAAUGUCAUAUCUUCGGAGAGCAGGUGAUACCUCCUCCAUGCGGUCUCGUAGUGCUUCGAUGUCAUCAUAUGGUAGUGGCUUUUCAAGUGCUUCCGAAACAGCACGAAUGAUCUUCCAGUCGUCUCGUGCAGCGCCGUAUGUGGAUGUGGCGGCUCGUGACAUCUGGACACGACCCUCGGUGUUGACAUAUGUCACACCCUUCUCGGUGUACGCUGCGCCUGGCAGCACGACGUCUGCGAGGGCUGCCGCUCGGUCUCCGUGGUGGCCUUGGUAGAUCACAAAGGUAUCCUUUGG